CUGACUCUCUGGCUGUGCGGCGGGCGGGCGGGCGGGCGGGAUGGGGCUGUGAGGCAGGCGGGCGGGCAUCGCCCAGGCCCCUCGCCCGCCAUGCCAGGCAAAGCCCAGCACUUCCAAGGGCCCCAGGUCAGCUGCUGCUCCAAGUACCUGCUCUUCGCCUCCAACGUGCUCUUCUGGUUGUUGGGAGCUGCGUUCUUGGCCAUUGGUCUUUGGGCCUGGGCAGAAAAGGGGGUGCUCUCCAAUCUGUCCUCCAUCACAGACCUGGGAGGCUUUGAUCCUGUCUGGCUCUUCCUCGUGGUUGGAGUGGUAAUGUUUGUGCUGGGAUUUGCUGGCUGCAUUGGAGCCUUGAGAGAGAAUACAUUCCUGCUCAAAUUUUUCUCUGUGUUCCUGGGGCUCAUCUUUUUCCUGGAGCUGACGGCAGGUAUCCUGGCCUUCAUCUUCAAAGACUGGAUCAAGGACCAGCUCAAUUUCUUCAUCAAUAAUAAUGUCAAGGCCUACCGUGAUGACAUCGACCUCCAGAACCUCAUAGACUUUGCUCAGGAAUAUUGGUCUUGCUGUGGAGCGCAUGGGCCUAAUGACUGGAAUCUCAACAUUUACUUCAACUGCACUGACUCCAACCCCAGCAGAGAACGCUGUGGGGUGCCCUUUUCCUGCUGUGUCAAGGAUCCUGCGGAAGAUGUUCUCAACACACAGUGUGGCUACGAUGUCCGCCUUAAACUGGUGAGAGUCAGGAGCUGGAGCAGCAGAGCUUCAUCCACACCAAAGGAUGUGCUGGCCAAUUUGAGAAAUGGGUUCAGGACAAUCUCAUUGUGGUGGCCGGGACCUUUGUGGGUGUAGCGUUGCUCCAGAUCUUUGGCAUCUGCCUGGCGCAAAAUCUAGUGAGCGACAUUAAUGCUGUGAAAGCCAAUUGGUGACACCAAAACAGGAACUCUUCCAUAGGCUCACAGCACCCUCCAGAGGACUGAAGCCUUUGUCUGGCCACGACCACAAGGUGCUGCUGUGCCAUCAACUAGCUGUGUGUGUGUGCACAGCCAGUACUACCAGUAGUAAUGGCUGCCCUGUGUUCUUCCAUAGCUUUCCUUUCCUUGUUUGGGCAGGGAAUGGAGUUGUGGGCAGCUAUGUAAAUAAGUAUUUAUACAGGGCUUCUGGAGGACUUCUUCCAUUCCACUGCAAAGCCUGUGGAGCCAAAGGACUGUUGCGCCUGCAGGCCAGAGAUACAAGGGCCAAAUGAUACAAACAGCUCUGGAUCUGGGUGGGUUGCUGCAGGAGUCCCACAUGGAUGAGGCAUAGGCCAUAUGGCUCAACAUUGGGAAGCUCAUGGAAACCAGAGUCCUGCUUCUGCUGCCUGGAGCAGCCCAUACACUUCGGUCCUCCCCGCAAGCAUUUACUUGAAUUUUCUGUGCUUUUCUCCCCAUCUGCUCAGGUCUGCUUUCUACCAGUGGAUUGGAUUAAGGAGGUUAUAAGGUUGGGUUCCCUAGUCCCAUGUUUAGACAUUCAUUUUGGCAGCUUAUGUGUAUCAUAUUCAGAUGGUCUCUUGCCUCAUUCUUGUGAGGUCAGGGGUACAAGCCCGAAGGAUUAUGAAUAGGAUAAGAUGCUGCUGUAGAGCAUUUUCCACAGCAGUCCUCUCUGCUUUUUUAGGUCUACAGCUAUGCACAAACAAAAUGAAAAAUAGUGUGUCCAAACAGGUCCUAACAUGGGUCCAGCUGCUCAGGCCCACCAAAAGAGAGCUAGUAGAAAUAGGUUGAGUUACUUUUAAAAUAAAAAGAUUAACCUUGCUCUGAGCAUACAGGACUUUGUAUAUUAGAAGGGACAAGCAACUUAAUUACAUGUUUCUCUAACUCCAGGCUUAAGAAAUGAACUGUGGUGGAGCAGCCAUUUUUUGUGUGGCAAAUAUGCAACCCUUGUAUGCAAUACCUUUUAAUGUCUUCACCUGAAACAUUAGCCCAUAGAAACUAUUUCAGUCCUGCCGUCUGAGCUGAACCCAGUUUGAGCCUUGGCCAGACCUAGUCCCGCCUCCUUUCCAUGAGUGGCCUCUUGGUUUUGCAGGGCACCCGUGCUUCAUGGGUUGGCUGAUGACACUGUUGAGAGGACUUUGGCACAUAGCAGGGAAGGGCCGUGGUUUAAAUGUGUCUUCGUUGACUCUACUAUUUUCUUGCACUCUUUCAUGGAUGGGAUUCUUUUGCCAAUCCCCUGGACACUGCUGCUAACGGGAACUGAUUGGAUCAUUUGGGAUUCUGUUGAUCUGGUGUAUCCAAUAAAGCAACCCCCUACCAAA